AUGACGGGACAUCUUUUGCAGCUAUUCGGUUUCCCAGGCUCUACUGAACUCCCCAUCACAGAGCGCAAUGUCGGCUUCCUGGACCAACGAUCAGCUCUUGACUGGGUCCAGCGAAACAUCCAUGCCUUCGGCGGCGAUCCCACAAAAGUAACCAUGUUUGGCGAAAGCGCUGGCGGGUUUUCCAUUGAUACUCAUCUGACCAGUUACGACGAAGAUAGCGUCCCGCCCUUCCGAGCUGCCAUUCUACAGAGCGGGCAGUACACAUACCGCUCUGUGCCAAAUGCAGACAGCACCAUCGCUUGGAACAAUGUGACCACCCAGCUCGGCUGUCCUGGCGUGUAUGGAAGUAACCUAACCUGCGUCCGAGCCGCAAACGCAAGCACCAUCCAGAACAUCAUCAACACCAACACGCUCAUCUCCGCCCCCGUAGUCGACAACGCGACAUUCGUCAGCGACCCAGCCCAGCGCCGUCUCUCCAGGAACAUCGCUCGCAUCCCCGUACUCGGCGGCACGAACGCCCAAGAAGGCCGCCUGUUCACCGUCAACCAGACAAACCUGACGACAUUCCUUCAAAACACAUUUAAGAACUUCUCCAAUCUGAUACCCGCUAUCCGAGACGCAUACCCCCUCGCCGACUCAAGCAACGCCUCGCAACACGACGCCAUUGCGCAAAUCUACACGGAGCUGGUCUUCCAAUGCCCGCAAGCACUGUGGGCAAACGCGACUGCUUCAAUCGGUAUUCCGACGUGGCGAUACUACUUCAACGCCUCGUUCCCCAACACGCAACUCUUCCCCGACGCUGGCGUGUGGCACGCGUCUGAAGUCAGCGUCGUGUUCGGCACAUAUGCCACGGCGAACACGACGACGCAGGAAUACGCGCUGAGCCAGUAUAUGCGUAGUACGUGGGCGAAGUUCGCGAAGAAUCCGUACGCGGGACCGGGGUGGAAUGCGGUGGGCAGUGGGGCGGAGGGGAGGGUGUUGGAAGGGGCGUAUGACGAGGUUGGCGGCGGGGUGUUGAAGAUGGGGAAUGAGAGCUUGAUUGAAGGGGAUUGGAGUUUGGGUGUGCUGGGAGAUGUAGGAGAUGUAAAAGGGAGUGGAGUUACGGUGUUGCCGCAGAGUGCAGUUGAUGCGAGGUGUGAGUUGUUCAGACCGCUGUUUGAGGCUGUUGGUGGAGAGGGAGCGAUACCACCGUCAUGA